AUGCCUUGGUCUUUUGCUCUGCCACAGGGAGUUUUCUCAUCACCCCUACUCUCGAUCGCCACGCCAAUCAUCGGCGGGACCGCCACAGCCCUCCUUGUGAACCGAAACAAAACCCAAAGUACCUACAAGGAUCUUCGGCAACCGCCCUUCAGUCCGCCGGGCUGGCUCUUCGGACCGGCCUGGACGGUACUCUAUGGACUAAUGGGAUAUGCGUCUCACCAUGCGACCGUUACAGCGUCUCGAUCACUCUCACUAGCGGCUCAUGACGCUAACAAUAGCGCCCAGACCCUUUACACGAGUCAACUGGCUUUGAACUUCCUCUGGAUGCCACUUUUCUUUGGAGUGGGGCGACCAGCCGCGGCCCUUGGCGAUAUGGCGUUUUUGGUGGGCAAUGUGGCCUUGUUGAUGAUCAACUGGUGGGAUGCGGACCGUACAGCUUUCUGGUUAAUGACUCCGUAUGCCGCGUGGUUAGGAUAUGCGACGUAUCUCAACGCCGGUGUAGGAUACUUGAAUGGGUGGGCUCUUCCGGAUAAAAAGCGCUUGGAGUAG